UUUACUUUUUCCUUAUGCAGUUGAGCAAAGUAAACUAACAACUUCUCAGAGUUCCUUUACGCAUUCUUCACCUAUUUGUGUUGAUAUCAGAGAAGAUUCAUCGUUACCUUUGUGGAUGAGCGCCAUUCUGCUGGACAUUUGGAUUGUACGAACUGCACGCUGGAGGCGGAGGCAUCCCGGCGGCUGAGGAAACUGGGGAUUUCAUCAUACCUGCAGACUCAAACCACCAGUUGCACGCCGACGCCUGCAGGCGGGUCCGUGCGCCGUGACGUCUCCAGCAGCGGGCUGGACUCGGGCAGAGCUCGGGUGAUGGGGAUUAGACAGAGCAGCGGUGGAGACGGGGUUUGUGCAAAGUGCUGCUGCGGCAGUCAGCUCCAUGGUAGCGCUGCUGUGUGGAUGAAGAAGAGCGGCGCGCAGCAUCAUGGGCACCGGGGAUUACAUCUGCGUGACGCUGCGUGGUGGUGCACCCUGGGGAUUCACCCUGAGAGAGGGAGAGGGAGACACCUACAGACCUUUCCUCAUUUCACAGGUAGAAAAAGAAGGCAGCGCCUUUUUGGCCGGAGUGCAGGAAGGCGACGAGGUGGUGUCGCUCAACGGCGAGCCGUGCGCUGAUCUCACCCUCUUACGGGCCCUUGCCCUCAUCGACACGUCAAUCGACUGCCUGCAGCUGCUUCUCAAAAGAUACUGCUCCAUUCCCCCUGAAGACUAUGAAUCUGACACAUAUUGUGGAGAGAGGGAAUCUUCGUCUGAUGCUUUAGCGAGCACCACCCUCCACAUCCUCUCCCCAAAGCACAGAUCCCAAAGCCCGAGGGAACUCUACAUAUCUGAGUCCCAGGACAAGGCCUACUAUGAGGAGCUGGACAGCAACACAGAGUCCCCCAAGGGACCCCAGCUGCUUUGCACCCAGCUCGAUGCUCCCUCGUCUGAUGAUCAGAGUGACCAACAGCCUUUUUUCAGGGAGAAAGAAGUACGAAGGUGCUUCUCCCCUGGGGAAAUGGUUGAGCUCCAGGUUUCCCUGUCUGAGCAAACGUCGGACCGUGCAGGCUGCGCCUCCCUUGGGAGUGCACGUGGGAUUGAUGGGGGACUCUCGAUCAGGGAGGCUGUCGAGACCAUCCACACCUCCACCAUAUCGCACCAUCUGCCACGCACCAUGAGAGAGCCGCUGGGCCAGCAUGGGGUGGUGCUCGGCUCCCCUUCGGUGCUGGGGCAGGUGGAGGUCAUUUUGCAGCAGCCAUCAGCAUCCGGAGCAGGGAGGGGCAUCCUGAGCGUGGGAGGCCCCAGGGUCAGUGGAAGCGUUGGAUCCCAAAGUGAAGGGGAAGAAAGAGGAGGGCUCUGUGAGGGAGACCCUGGGUCUUUUACGGUCUCAUUUGGAAUUCCCACAGAUGAGGCGUCACAGGCAGCAGCGCAGGACUCUGAGUCUGAAGGGGAUCUAGACAAACCUAACAAGCAUCGGGCAAGGCACGCCAGGCUCAGGCGUAGCGAGAGUCUGUCUGAGAAGCAGGUGAAGGAGGCCAAGUCCAAAUGUAAACGUAUUGCUCUCCUCCUUACGGCUGCUCCGCCCAACCCCAACAACAAAGGGGUGUUGAUGUUCAAGAAACAUCGACAAAGGGCCAAGAAGUACACGCUUGUGAGCUACGGCACAGGAGAGGACGAAUCAGGGAACAGCGACGACGAGGACGAGGAAGACGAAAAACAAGAAACCCAUACUGUUGAAUUUACCCUUGUGGCUCCGAACGAUUCUGAAAUAGAUAAGCAUUUCCUCACUAAUGUCCAUAGCAGCAAAGGUGUGCUGACUAUCAACUGGGACAAGGGUCUCCUUGAGAUUGAAAGGAACCUGAACAACCAAGCAGAGAUGGAGUGUUUGCCUGAUACCAAGGGAAAGGGUGCCCUAAUGUUUGUCCAGCGGCGUCAGCGGAUGGAUGAGAUUGCUGCUGAGCAUGAUGAGCUAAGGCGCCAGGGGAUUCCCGUGGAAGGAUUGCAGGAGUCUGAAAAGAAGACACUGGAGCACUCGUAUAUGCAGUCAACAACAGAGGGCCAUGCUUACAUGGAUGUAAAUGUACACCAGCAAGGCCAACAGCAACACCAGUACCAGCAGUAUCAAGAACAGCAGUACCACGAGCAACAACAGAGCUACCAAGAGCAACAACAGAGCUAUCAACAGCAGCAACAGAGCUAUCAACAGCAGCAACAGGGCUAUCAACAGCAGCAACAGAGCUACCAACAGCAGCAAGAAUACCAAAAGUACCAGCAACAGCAGUAUGAACAGCAGCAUUAUCAACAGCAGCAAAUGUAUCAGCAGCAGCAAGAAUAUCAGCAAGAGCAACAGCAAAUGCAGCAGUAUUCUUCAAACGUCAAUGGGACAGUCCAACAUCAAACCAAUGAAAUGCAGAAUUCUUUCAGCAAUCGCACUGCAAAGCCUUUCUCAGUCGAUAAGAUGGCGGCUACCCCUUAUUCUCCCGCAAUGGGUGGGACCAAUGAAGAUUCUGUGUGCCAAGGAGAGCAGCUGGCAUCCCGCGAUGAGCGCAUUUCUACCCCUGCUAGUAGGACUGGCCUUCUGAUGGAUGCAAGGAAAAGAAAUACUGGCAAGCAAAUGUUCACAUUUAAGGAAGCUCCAAAAGUGUCACCUAACCCAGCAUUACUGAACCUCCUCAACAGGGGUGAUAAGAAGUUGGGUUUUGAGUCAGGACCUGAGGAAGACUACCUCAGCCUUGGGGCUGAGGCUUGUAAUUUCCUCCAGUCUCCAGGAGGAAAACAUAAGAUUCCUCCACCAGUGGCUCCAAAGCCUGCAAUCAACCCCAACUCUCCUCCUUGGUCCCCACAGAUAGAAAUGAACAACGAGGACAUGGCUCAGUGUGCUGAAAAUAGUGUUUCCACACCUGCUGCAGCCCCCACCACAGACACUACUCCUGCUCCAGAGCAAGAGCCAACCCCUGCACCUGCUCCUGAGCCCUCUCCCCCUCCUGCCCCCCAGGAGGCUGUUGCCAGCACCAACACAGAAGAGCAGCACACAUGGACUCUCUCAGAGUCUGAAUCUCAAAAACAGCCUCUCCAAGUGCCAACUCAAGAGGAACAUUGUCAAAUUAAUUCUGAUGUGCAGCCAGAGCCUGCACCAGUGACCACCUGGGCUCCAGCACAAUCACAGUUACAACAAGCAUCUACCAAUUCCUGGCAUCCAGUUCAAGUGCAACCACAGGAACCACCUCCUAGUCAGUCCCCACCACAGUUACCUUGGGUGACAAGACAAAAUACUCAGACCCAAGCCCAGCCUCAACCCCCCACAAACACUUGGAAUCCUCAAAUUCAGCCAUCCUGGAGUCAGCCCCAAGAGCAAGCAAAAGCCCAGACACAUGCUCAGGCAUCCUGGGCCCAGCUUCCAGAGCAAGCUCAGCCACAGGUUCAGUCACCCUGGGCCCCGGCUCCAGAGCAACCACACCUUCAGCCACAGGCUCAGCCAGCCUGGGCUCAGCCCCUAGAGCAACCUCAGCCACAGGUUCAGCCACCCUGGGCCCAGCCUCGAGAGCCACCACAUGUGCAGCAAAUGCAGCCAACUUGGGGUCAGCCUCAAGAACCAGUGCAGCAGCAGACCCAGGCCCCAUGGGCACAGCCAUUAGAGGCAGAUACUCAGCCUCAACCACCAUGGGUGCAACCAUCCCAGCAGAAAUCCCAAGUACAACCUCCUUGGGUUCGACAGCCUCAGCCAGAACCCCAGCCACAGUCACCAUGGGUUCAGCAACAACAAAAUCAGGCUCCACAACAAGCAUGGCCACAGGCCCAGGCACCAGGUCCAUCACAGCCACCUUGGGUCUCAGCUCAGCCUCAGCAGCAACAGCAGCCUUCAAUUAAUGCAUGGCCCCCAUCACAAGCUCAAGCCCAAGUUCAGCCACCUUGGAUGCAAGCAGCCCAAACACAACCGCAAGCGCAGCCUCAAGCCCAUUUGAAUCCAUGGGCGCCAGUACCUGCCCAGGCUCCGCCCCAACCUUCAUGGCCCCAGCAUCCUCCAGAGCAUGGUCAGCAUUCGAUUAAUUCUUGGGCUCAAGAGCAAAACCAGGCCCAAAAUCAACCACCUUGGGCUCAACCAGUUCCACCCCAGUCCGCACAGUCAAAUUGGCAACCAUCCACUUCAAAGUCUCCACCACAGCCAUCAAUUAAUCCAGCUUGGCCUCCAGCUCAGACUCAGCCUCAGACACAUUGGGCACCAGAGUCACAGCAAACACCUGUAAAUGUUUCCACGUCAAUGGUGAACACUCGUCCUUCUCCAAAACCUUGGCUUCCACCACAAAAUGCCCCACAAAACCGCACCCCACCCCCUCCACCCCAGCGAAUGCACUCUUUAACCAUUCGUCAAAGAGAUUCAUCACCGAUCAACCCAAUGGCCACUACCUUAAACCCAUCAUCUGCAGGUCCAGCUUAUGAGAUGCCAGUUGUUAGAGGGAAAGGAGCUGAUAUGUUUGCCAAGAGACAGUCUCGUAUGGAGAAGUAUGUUGUGGACUCCGAGACUGUGGAAGCGAACAAGGCGAGCCGGUCAACAUCACCAGUUGCCUCCUUACCAAAUGAGUGGAAAUAUACUCCUAACGCCCUUGGCAGGAGCUACUCUCUUUCCCCACCAGCCAGAACACCAUUCAAAGGCCAGAAGUACGCCUCGACUUCUUCCUCCCCUAGGCCUGUGCCUCAGGCUUCCGCAACUCCCCCAGCAAGGCAGGCAUCCUGGCUAGAGAAAGGCUGCAAGCCUCUUUCGCCCUGGGAGGCAGCCUCCCGACACCCCCUGGGCCUGGUGGAUGAGGCCUUCUCUUUCCAGAACCUCCACCAAACCCUUGCCUCAAACAUUCGCUUGGCAGCCCAGCGCAAACUGCUGCCUGAGCCGCCAGCGGAAUGGAAGGCCGGGUCUUACCAAGCCCCUCAGAAAACUGGCAGCCAGACUUGGAGCCAGAGCCGUGGUCAGAGUCGGGCCCCCCUGCCAUCGUUUGUGUCCCCAGCAAAGAGCGUUGUCUCCACUGCCGCUAGUCAAGCCGGGUACAGAUCUCUGCCCAGACAGUGGCAGCCUCGGAGGCCUGUGCCAGAGGCAAGCUUUGGGCCCUCUGUGUCUUCCCCUGAAUAUAAAAGGCCCUUGGGAACACAAACUUACAAGUCUGUGUACACCAACACUUGGAGUUGGAGACGGUAGGAUACAACUCAACCUUGUGACGCAUUUGAGUGCAGUUAGAGCUUCAUUGCAAUUUUGAGUGUGCAGUGAGCGAAACAUGAAAUGGACUUUUGGAAAGAUUGUUGGAUUUCUCUUGGUUUUCAUGCAACUACAUGUUUUUCAAAACACUUUUUUUCCUGUUAAAUCUUUAGUUUAAAAAGAUUUAGAUGAAAUAUUUGCAUGCAGCAAUCAAAUGUGAAGACAGAUGAUGACUUUAACAAUGUUUGGAGAGUUUACUUGGUGAAUUGAUUGGUGGAUACACUGAAGUUAGUUCAUCGUAAAAAGCCGUGAGUAUGUUGUUAGGAAUGGAUGCACUGAGUAGAAACAGUAUAUCUGGAGAUGACUAUAGCUGAUGUUAAACUUUCAGAAUGUAGAAGUACUCAGUAGAGCGCAUACCUCCGCCAAGGCCUUAUGAAACUACAUCUAGAUCCAGAUUUUUUAUUAUUCCAAUUAUAGAUCAGUCCCCUUUUUUAAACUGUCUAAAGACACCCUAUCUCGCAAUGUUACAGAAAGUGGCAAAACAUUCCUGGAUCCAUAACUUUGGCUUCUCUCUUAUUCCACAUUUCAUUGUUUCACCAACUUUCAUGGUAAUCCAUGUCGUUCUUUUUGCAUAAUCCUCAACUCAAACAAAUAAACAAACCUUGGCGGAGGUAAUGAUGGUGUCCUGAGAAAAGAGAUAUGAGGGGAUAAUGACUAAAAUGAAGAAACCUACGCACUCUAAAGUAAGUUGCAGAAUGACUCUAGAAUUGUUCCGAGCUUGUGGUUCAUCCCGGUUUCCUUUUCUGUUGUGGAUGUAUGUAUUCAGCAUGCUGGUUCUUGCAGUGAACGUGCACAUUUUUCUUUUUGUGUUUUUGCUUGUUUGGUUUUUGAUCAACGAAUGUUGAAGGGUGGUGUUUUCAGAAAAUCCCGUCACUGUCAGGAUGGCAAUUAGAAAUGAGGCUUAAAACUCCGGGAAAGGUUAGUGCCAUCACUCGUUGUGGGCAGGACGUGUGGUUACGUAAGCGUGAAUAAGUGAGAUUUAUUUACCUGGUCCAUUUUAAUUAUUGCAUUUGCAUAUGGCCACCAACUACUCAGAGGGAGAGAAGAUGAGAAGAAGAGUUUUCCAACACUUUUUUUGGUUUGCCACCUGGAAAACUAGCACGUAGAAGGACAGUGGUAUUUUAGUUGGGAUUUAAACUGAUUAUUAAUUGAAUUCUGAAAUGUUAUUUUGCAGAAAGGAUUUUUAGGAUGGUUUAGUGGCAGGAGGAGUAUUGCUUACAGUGUUUAAUGAGUUUGUGGCUUGAGUUUGGUUUGGGCUUUUGCUAGCGACUUGCAAUCAUCUCUUCCAAUUCAGACUAGAUUGUUGGUUUUUUUUCCACAGUGUGUACAUAAUCUCAUAAAUAUGAAUACGACUCCUCACACAACAUUGUGUGUGUCUCGAGCAUCCUGGCGUAUUUUUGUGUAUCUGUGAUCAUUUCACUGUAUUGCUUCCAUACGAGCAACCUAAUUCCGAUAUAGUUUCACAUUUUACAAGAAUAAAUACAUCAAAAUGACACUUC